AUGGAAACAGCCGCUGCUAUGGUUAGUUUCGUCGGCCUAGUGGGUACUGUUGCGCAAGGCCAGAAGUUCCUGUAUGACUUCACGACCAACAUGAAGGACUGCCCAAAGGAUAUUCACGAUAUGAGGGCCGAAAUUGAAUCUGUAGAAGAUUUGAUCACGCAAGUAAUUCGGCAAUCCAAGGAGCGUGAUGUGCGACUUCGAGAAAGCGCAGUAUUGACACGCGCAAUUGGUCACGCUCAGAAAGGCGUCGAAGAUCUUAAGAAGGAGUUGGCCGCGUAUCAUGUGAUUGGAAAACGUGCACGACUCAUAUUUGCAACCAAAACCAGUCAAACGAAAAAGCUCAGGGCAAGCUUGGAAAGGACUAAGACCAUCAUGUUGGAUUUACAGCGUCAGCUGCACAGCGAUGUGUUAUAUGAUAUCCGUGACGAUAUCCGUGACAUGAGUCAAGAGGUUCUCAAAUCAAUGGAUAAUACAAGCCGAGAUGGAGGAACACAUGAUAGAAACUUUCACAAGAUCACGCAAGAAUCCAAGGUCCAAGAAGAAACCGCGAAUAAUUACAGAGACAGAGAAGAGGCUUCAGUGCCGCCAGCAAACGACCCCUCAUCUGAAGAUCUCACAGAUGCUGAAAUUGCCGCAAAGAAUCUCGAACACGUUACGGACUUGUUGACGGAAACAAAGAUCUCAUCUUCACCAAACUCAAUACCAUCGACGCCUGCAUGGUCACGUGAAGUAAGCGAUAUCUCCGUUACAAGCUCAUCCCAGGAAACGACUGCUAGCAGUAUCUCGAGCUGGCAAAGCCUUCCACCAUCAAUAUCCCAGAAUGCUCGAAAAGCGAACAUCGCCUCAAAACACCCUCUUCUACAGUUCAAGGAUAACCAGUUCCAAUUCCUAGUCGCAAUCAUAUUCACACAGCGCGCCAAAAACCAACAUCUCGCUUGUCAACGCGCCACAGAAUAUGUGGUAACUACGGAUACGGCACUGCUGGGGUAUAUGGAGUUUUUGAAAGAAGAAGCAGGGGGCUAA